AUGAUUCAUCUUUUCUCUCUUUCCAGCCUUCUCUUUGCCGCCUCUACUCUGGCGCCUCUCAUUAUGGGCGCAACCGCUGCCGAUAUCAGUGCCUUCCAGAGCGCUUUGGAGAGACGAUAUUCUACUGCACACACUCUGGCACCAAAUUACCAAUUCGAUCCCAGAGACGGCUGGCAGACUGUUAAUGUUACGAACCUCCAGUACAAAUACGCCCGCGAGAACCAAGAUGAAGGUUACGUGGGGGAGAGAAUGUUAGAACGAAGAGUAACCAAGAAACCCACGGCGAAGACAAGCUCUGCGUCGAAGCCCAAGUCAACGUCAGCGUCCAAGUCGUCCUCGGGUGGGGUCGUGGACAGUCUAAGCAAAGUAGUUCAGAGUCUGAAGGCUAUCGGCUCUGCACAGCCCGUAACGAUUACAUGGUACACUGGGAAGGACUUGUUGAACCCUAGCUGCUGGGAGAAGCCAACCUGGCAUCCCACGGACGAUUCGUUUGCAUGUGCACUUACCCUGGAGGGUUGGACCGACCGUCCAGCGUGCUUCAAGUUCCUCGAGCUUUGCAACACCCCGAAGAAGUGUGUUUUUGUGAGAGUGGUUGAUUCUUGUGCUGGGUGCGCCCCCGGCUCGAAGCACGUGGACCUCACCAAAUCUGCCUUCACUCAACUGGCAGAUCUCGGCGAGGGUGUGCUGACGGUUCAAAUGCGUUCGGCGACCAAUCCAGAUGGAUGGCUACAAAAUCUUUGGGGUCCUCAGGAAAAUUGA